CGUCUGGCUCAAGAUGCUUUCAAGAUUACUACUCCACGGACAGUAGUACAAGACAGUACCUUGCUCAAUGUGGCCUUGGAGCUGGGUUUACAGGUGAUGCGAAUGACCUUAUCACCCUUAAACUGGAGGCGCCGGGAGAUGGUGCGAUGGUUGGUGACCUGUGCUACAGAAGUGGGUGUGCGGGCCCUGGUGAGCAUCUUGCAGAGCUGGUACACACUCUUCACCCCCACCGAGGCUACUAGUAUUGUAGCUGCCACAGCUGUAUCCCACACCACUAUCCUGCGCCUCAGUCUUGACUACCCCCAGCGGGAGGAACUGGCUAGCUGCGCUCGCACACUGGCCCUACAAUGUGCUAUGAAGGAUCCACAGAGCUGUGCCUUGUCAGCCCUUACACUCUGUGAGAAAGACCACAUUGCCUUUGAGGCAGCCUACCAGAUUGCUAUUGAUGCUGCUGCUGGUGGCAUGACCCAUUCACAGCUAUUCACCAUUGCCCGCUACAUGGAGCUCCGUGGCUACCCGCUACGUGCCUUCAAGCUGGCCUCACUGGCCAUGAGCCAUCACCUGGCUAACAACCAGGACACCCACCCAGCCAUCAAUGAUGUGCUCUGGGCUUGUGCCCUCAGCCACUCUGGGAAAGAAAGCUUAGCAGCCCUCAUCCCCCUGGUGGUGAAGAGUGUGCACUGUGCCACAGUGCUUUCAGAUAUACUGCGGCGCUGCACAGUGACUGCACCUGGCCUGGGUAUUCCAGGCCGCCGCAGUUCCGGAAAGCUCAUGUCAACUGACAAAGCUCCACUGCGCCAGCUGUUGGAUGCCACCAUCAAUGCCUAUAUCACACUAACACACUCACGCCUGACACACAUCAGCCCCCGCCACUACGGAGAGUUCAUCGAGUUCCUGAGCAAGGCUCGGGAAACCUUACUGCCGCAGGAUGGCCACUUGCAAUUUGCCCAGUUCAUUGACAACCUCAAACAGAUUUACAAAGGCAAGAAGAAAUUGAUGCUGCUUGUUCGGGAGCGUUUUGGCUGAGAAAUCAGACAGCUCACUGUCGGGGCAGCCUGGGCUCUCAGGUACCAUCAAGUCAGGCCAAGGACACUGAAACAUUUGUCUUCCCUGAGAGGACUCUGACCACCUGUGGUGAGGCCAAAGGACCACAAGAGCUAAGGAUUAGGGAGAGUCCAAUUCAGACAAUAUGCCUGCCUUGGCAAGCUUCUCUAUAGCCCACUGUUUCUGAAGGAGCGAGGCCCUGCAGAUACAUCAGAAACUCCACAAAACGGCACCUCACGCCCCUAUAUCCUGCGUGUUCUGGGCAUUGACCCCUCUCCCUUGGCAAAUACAGAACACUGUUCCGUCUCAGGGAUUGCUUAACCAGAGAAACAGAAGCAUUUAUGAUACUGUAAAUACUAUAGUAUAUGUGUUGCCAAUUAUUGUAAAGUUGUAACUAUUUAUAAUUCUGGUUCUGAUUUAA